AUGUGGUUACAUAUGAUUUACAUACAAACUAGACUUAUAACUGCGCAAUGCGGUGGCGGUGGGCUAUUGUUUAAAUUAUAUCACUUUCCCAAAAGAACAUUCAUUCAUUUCUUUCUUCCCCGUCGACCACGACGACAGAAACGACGCGAAAAAUCCAGACCCGGAAAGGGGAAGGGCCAGUGGUGGGCAUUUGGUAAAGUCGGGCCGAUCGGGUGUCUUCAUUCAAGCGACGGUACAGAAGAAGAACGAAACGAAGUGAGAGGCCGGGGGGCAGGGAAAAGAGUCGAGUCGAUCAGGCUCGACGACCGGGAGAAGCAAAACGAAAUCAGGAUUUGGCCGAAAAAGAAGCAACGCUAUGGAUACCAUGACCGAUCACCAUCGAUAAAGAAGAAUCUUUCUAAAUCACUUCGGGUCAGCGGGGCCUUCAAGCAUCCGAAAUAUGCCGGGCUUGUAAAUGACAUAGCCCUCCUAAAUGACGGCUCCUUCAGAAAAACGAAGUUAUUCAAGUUCUUUUUCUCAAAGAAGUCCCCCUCCGACAGCCCGACGAGUCAUCCGCUUAAAAGGACCCUCCCUGCGGUGCGCCCUUCCUUGAAUUAUUCGGUCAUGCAAUACUUAUUGAAGACAAAGAACCAAAUGCAUUUCGACCCCGUCGUAGUUCUCAAUCAUUUCGUGGAACCGGGCGUGGUUGAACCAUCUACCAUGGGGGGAGCUAAUGCACGGGGAAGAAGCUUAGAUAAGAGAAUACGUUUCGCUUUUUUUGUCGAAAGCUCGACCAGCGAGAAAAAGUUUUUGGCCGAAGACAAAAAGUUGACCCACUUCAUUCGCUGGUCGAAUCAUCCUCGCUUCGCGGGAACAACAAAAACCACCAUCUCGCUCUUUCCUUUCUUCGGUGCUACCUUUUUCUUUCCAAGGGACGGGGUUGGGGUGUAUAAGAACGAGUAUGCCCGGAAACAACUUGAGCAUGCCCGGAAACAGCUUGAGUAUGCCCGGGAACAACUCCUAAGAAAAUUCAGGAAAAAAUGUUGGAACCUCAUGUGUAAGGAUAAGGUAAUGGGAUUGAUAGAUAAAUUCAUCGACCUAGGUGGGAUAGGAGAAUUGAUAAAGGGAAUAGAGAUGAUGAUAGAGAUCAUACUGAGAAACAGAAGAAUUCCGUACGGAUACAACUUUUAUUUGAACGAAGUGAAAAAAAUGCGAUCUUUGUUGUCUAAUAGAACAAAGACUAAUACCUUAAUUGAGUCGGUCAAGAUCAAAUCUGUUUAUCAAAGUGCUUCUCCGAUUGCUCAAGAUAUCUCUUUUCAACCGAGGAACAAAACAAGAUCAUUUCGCUCCAUUUUUAGUCAAAUAGUGAAGGAUAUUCGAUUAGUAAUGAAAAAAGGGGUGGAGGGGAUCCGUAUAUGUUGUUCAGGUCGAUUAGAAGGUGCAGAAAUAGCUAGAACUGAAUGCAGAAAGUAUGGAAAAACAUCUAGUAAUGUAUUUAACCAGAAAAUAGAUUAUGCUCCUGCGGAAGUAUCUACUCGUUACGGAAUCUCAGGUGUCAAAGUGUGGAUUUCAUAUAGUCAAAAAGAAAGGGGACGUGCUAUAUCCGAAACGUACGAAAUAUAGUCAAUAUCGUAAAGGCGGAUGUAGUAGGGGUUGCAAACCGGACGGUACACGACUUGGUUUUGGAAGA